AUGGUAAUCAGCGGCGAAUUGGGUACAAACUUUGUCUGUUUCCCUAAUCGCAGUGGUCCAAUUAAUACAAUCCGGUUGCUUGGUCUAAAUUUUUCGCGUCCUCGGAUGACUAAAAGUGAUGCAACCAAAAUUAUUAUGGGGUGUUACUGCGUGUCCAUCGCGAGUUUGGAGCGUGGCACACUAUGCCAAGUUAGACCACGAACCACGUUAGGUAGCCUUCUGUCGCUUCGAACU